CCCCCUGGAACAGAGUUCAGUCGUCUUGGACCUCUUUAGCUGUAAUCCCUGGUUUCCCCUGGCAAUUUGAAUACAGCCUGGGGACAGAUAGACAUGGAGUCUCAACCAGUAGAGUUGACCAGGAUGGAAUAUGCCAUGAAGUCCCUCAGCCUACUUUCUCCCAAGUCUCUUUCCAGUUGGGUUGCAGUAAGUACCUCGGUGACACAGCAACUAUUGGCUGAAACCAAUUUGGUGACCAAAGCCCGCCCCUACCGUGUCAGCAAUGCUGAUCGGAGCAUUCGGAAGGGGAUCAUGGCUGAUAGUCUCUUGGACCUCAACCACAAGAUACAAGAAGCUCUGUUAGUGGCAGACACCUUCUCCCUAGUUCUGGAAGAAGAUGGUACUAUCAUAGAAACAGAAGAGUAUUUCCAGACACUAAAUGAAGACACCGUUUUCAUGGUCCUACAGAAAGGGCAGAAAUGGCAACCAGCAUCCAAUCAGGGAUCUGGAUAUCAGCUCUCACUCUCUCAAAAGCCAUCUAAGAAGGUAGAUGUGGCCUCUGUGACCUUUGACUUAUACAAAGCAAGGCCAGAUGACUUCAUUGGCUGCCUGAAUGUGAAAGCAACACUGUAUGGCAACUAUACACUAUCCUAUGACCUGCACUGCUAUGGGGCCAAGCGCAUCAUGAAGGAAGCUCUCCGAUGUGCACUCUUCAGCAUGCAGGCCACUGGUCACAUCCUUCUGGGGACCUCCUACUUCAUGCAACACUUUCUGGAAGACACAGAAAAGCAGCAGUCUCUAGAGGGGGGCACACUACCUCUCCCAAUAAAGUUCAUAGCCCCUUCCCUUAUGAAAAUGCUACAUUGAUGCCUCAGGCCAAACAGGGGACUUCGGAGAGUCGAGAGUGCCUUUGGUUGCCUGAGAAUGUUUUCACCAGGACUUCUGCCAGGCUUCUAUCGAUUCUUCUCAUCCUCCCACCAUUUUACCUCAGAGUUAGGAAGAACAGAAGCAAUGGCUAUGGACUGAAGGGGAAGCUAUGGGCUUCUUGAUCCCUUUCCCCUAUCUCUGUCCCAAAGAGCUUGGCCAAUCCUUUACCUGGUCAGUGAUCUAUUCCUAAAUCCUAUUCCUCUUGGAUCCAUGAUCACGGUAACAAAUGUCCCUAAAUAAGCAUUUGCCUGUUCUUGCCUCACUCCAGGAUUGUUUGUAUUGUCACAAAUUAAACCAACUAUGGUAGGAUACAUUUGUAAUAUGUAACUUAUGGACAUUA